GGUAUCGCUCUGGUAUUCUGGUAUCUGGUGUCCGCAGCCUCUCAGCGAAGAAAGCUGGUCAAAUCCAGCGCGACUUUGGGCUCAGUUCGGUUUCACACUCGAACGCGAGCAGAAGUGUCCGCGAAUCAGUCUCCAAAGCAUCGAAAUCACCAAAUCAGAACACAAACUGAAGCACGGAUCUAAACUCGAUCUGUGGUCAAGUGGUCUCACAAAUAUUAUAUAUAAUAAAUAUAUAUAUAAAUAAAUUUUUUUGCGAGUGUUGUGUUGCAAGUGUGCCCAUUGAAAACCGCCGGAAAAUCAACGAACAACGAAUCUCGAACGAUUAUCGAACAUUUGGAUUAACGUACGGACUUUUGGGAGCUCAGGCGCAGCACAGACCACGGGGAUCCCUCGAGGAUCCUGACCGAUUCCACUUUUCAUCUAUAAUGCGGUUUGGUUGGCAGUGCGCUGCGACCACAGCUAAACACAGCACCACGGCAGCCGGCAACGGAAACGGAAACACCAGCGGAAGCGGUAGCGGUAACGGAUUCCGGCGCGAAAGAGAAAGUGGCUACCAUGCGGCGAUGGCUCGUCCGCUGCUCCUGGUCCUGCCCGCCCUACUUGUCCUGCUCCUCGCCGCCCAGCUGCCCCACAUGGCCGAGGGGCGCAGCACCACCAGCAGCGGCGGUCUGACGGUUAUCGAUAGCGAGCGCCUGCGCAUUCGCACCACCUCCAGUACGGCUUCAGCCCAGCAUCCCAAUCAGGGCACAAUCCCUGCCAGCGCCGCCAGUCCGCGCAAGCGCCAUCGAAAACGGAACAGCAACUGGAUCGACUAUCGCAACUUUGACGAGAACACCACCGCCCUGGAGUGGGCCAAUCCCUGCGGGGGCAACUAUCAUCCUUCGGCGGGGGAUCGCUUCAAUCGCCAGCGGCCCAGGCAGAGCUUCAAUCAGCUGAAGCGCCACGCCUUUAGGGAGUUCCGCAGUCUAAACAGCAGCCAGGACUCGGCCAUCGAUAUCCGCAACAUGACCAUGUGGUCGCUCCACACGCACAACUACAAGUUCCUGCCCAAGCUCAAGCCCAAUUCCACGAUUGCCCUAAAGCGCUGGUACCGCAACAUGCAAACGUACGUGGCCAGCUUCGCGUAUCUGAGGCGCCAGCAGAUCCGCUGGGACCAGCGGUCCAUCACCCGCGAGUCCAGCACCGCCCGCGAGCUGCGCGAGCUGCUCCUGAGCUCGCGGCGCAUCCUCUGCGAACUGGAGACAGCCGUAAACCAGACGCAGAGUCCGCGCCAGAAGCAGCGGCGCAGUGGUGCGGCGGUCACAGCAGUUGGCGGCACCACCAUGCUGGGCCAGCAGCUGCCGCAGAUCUCGCGUCUCGAGAUGAACAAGCGUUUGAAGUUGCGCUCCAAGACGAGUGCGCCCGGCAUGGGUGGUGCUCCUUCCAGUGCAUCCAUGGCGGCGGGCGAGGCGGACUCGAUCGAUAUGCGCUUCGUGAAGCACCACUACUACGACUUUUUGCGCACCAUGUACCAGCUUCUGCGUCGGGAUGGCAAGCGGGUGAGGAGUCGGCCACGGAAGCACCACAAGAAGCAGCAGAGGAGCCAGAAGAAGCUGCUACAGCAGCAGCAGCAGCUGGCGGAUCAACUGGAGCAGCGUUGGCGCAGCUCCACCAUGAAUGGCAAGGAGUUCAACGAGGUAUCCAAGCCAGUGGCCGGUGCUGCUGCUGGAGUUGCAAGUGUUUCCACCGGUGGUGGAAGCAAUCAAUUUUCACGUGGCAGACGAGGAAAGCGCCAGUCGAAGCGCGUGCAGCGCACGUGAAAUAGCAUAUACAACAUCCCCGUAUCUCCCAUUUUCCCUUUCCUCAGGACACGCCCCUAUCCUCUGUUCCACAAGCCCCUAGCCUAAAACCCUUAAUUUAACCGUUUAUUGAUCGAUAGUAGCUUAAGUAAAUUAUUUGAUUGACAGCACAGA